CUCAAUAUGUCUCAACCGGCUUGGAGACAGAUACUUGAAAACCAACUAACAGAGAACCCAAAAUAUACCACUUACGCACUGUCCACGCUAUCACCGGAAGGACAACCAAAAGUACGAUUUGUGGUACAUCGUAGCAUAUCACCCUCUGGUCUAUUGAUACUUACCACCGACACCCGUAUGCAAAAACCCGUUCAUCUCGCAUUAAACCAUACGGUCGAAGCUGCUUGGUGGAUCGAACCUUCCAAUGUCCAAUUCCGUAUAACAGGUCAAGCUUAUACUUUCCCACUUCCUUCUUCUUCCCCAACAGAAGUAUCCAGCGCUUUGCAAGGUCUAGGUCUAAAAGACAUCGAGGAAUCUCAAGGGGAAGAAAAGGAGGAAUGUACUUCGGAAUGGUGGGAAAAGGAAAGAAUUAGAUUAUGGGAAGAAUCAAUGAGUGGACAUUUAAGAGCUAGUUUCGCAAGACCUAAACCUGGUAAAUCUCUUGAACAAGUUGAACAUCCUAGUGAAUGGCCUGUCAGUCUACCUGGGAAAAGUGUGAGUAUUCUUUACUCUUGA